AUGGAGAAUCACGAAUAUUUUAAAGUAUGGCAGGAGGGCCUUUUCCAGGGAAAAGCGUGCCUUAUCACAGGCGGGUCUGGAACAAUAUGCAGACAGCAGGCAGCGGCGUUGAUGAAGCUCGGAUGCUCGGUGUCCAUUGUCGGAAGAGAUCAGGAACAGGUGGACUCGGUGGUGUCGCUGUUGGAGAAGAUCGGUGCACAGGCGAAGGCGAAGGUAGUGGGCUUUGGCGGGUGUGACGUGCGCAGCAUCGAGUCGAUGGCAGCCGUGGUGGCGAAGACGGUUUCUGCCUUCGGGAAGAUCGACUAUGUCAUCUGCGGGGCUGCAGGGAACUUCAUGUCCGACUUCAACCAUCUGUCGGCAAACGCAUUCAAGACCGUUGUCGACAUCGACCUCCUCGGCUCGUUCAACACCGUCAAGGCGUGUUAUCCGGAGUUGGUGAAGAGCAAGGGGUCGGUGUUGUUCAUCUCCGCCACCCUCCACUACUACGGCGUCCCCUUCCAGAGCCACGUGGGUGCAGCCAAGGCAGGCAUCGAUGCCUUGUCGAACGCCUUAGCGGUGGAGUUCGGACCCAUCGGGAUCCGCUGCAACUGCAUAGCGCCGGGCCCUAUUGGAGGCACCGAGGGUUUUAACCGCUUGGUCCCCAACAAAAAGAACUUUGAGUCGAAGAUCCCCUUGCAACGGGUGGGCCGGACGAAGGAUAUUGCCAACGCGACAAUAUUCUUGUUCAGUCCUGCCGCCGAAUGGAUAACAGGGACGGUGAUGGUGGUCGACGGCGGGUUCUGGCAAAUGGGCAACUUCAACACCCUUGAGAUGUACCCUGAUGUCUUGAAGCAGAAGUUGUUAGAAAAGCCCAAACUAUGA